AUGGGUGCCAUCCUGAGCCUCUUCCGGCGCAGUCGCCCGCGUGAGCGUGUGGUCCUGGCCUCGGGUCGCGAAUGGCGGGUGGGCAAGGUGCUGGCCCGCGGCGGCUACUCGGCAGUCCAUGCGGGGACCGAUGCGACAGGAGAGGAGCAAGUGGCCAUCAAGGUCAUCUCGCUGGUGGAGGGAGGGACGACAGAGGCGGACGUUGAGGGUGAAGUCGCUGCCCAUCGACUGGUCGAUCAUGAGAGUCUAGCUCCGCUCAUCGAUGCCGGCCGCCAUCCUCGGGCACUCAACCAGUAUCUCAUGGUUUUCCCGCGCUACGCCGCAUCGCUCGCCGACUAUGUCCAGAAGCAUGCCGAUGGAAACGCCGAGCAGUUGCCGCAGAGUCUACAGAGGCAGCUGGCUGCUGCAGACCUGGCUGCCCUCUUUCUGCCGGUCGUCCGUGGCGUCGCCGCCCUCCACGCUGCUGGCGCCGUCCAUCGCGACAUCAAGCCGGCCAACAUCAUGCUUGAUGCCGACGCGAGCGCGCACCUCGGCUGGAGACCGGUCCUUAUUGACUUUGGCUCGGUCCGCCCGGUAGCCGUCGACAUCCCUGAUCGCGCCGUUGCCCUCGAGGAGCAGGACCGCGCCGCCGCCCACUCGACCGCCCACUUUCGGGCGCCCGAGCUGUUCGACGUCGAGACCGGAUCUGUGCUCGGCCCGGCUGUCGACGUUUUUGCCCUCGGUGCCUCGCUCUACUCGGUCGCCUUCAUCGCCCUCGCUUUCGACGGCACCUACACCGCCGCGCUCGCGCGCCUGCCUGUUCCGGACAACGUGCCGGCUGAUGCCAACCAGCUCCUGGCCAUCUGCCAGGACGCCUGCGCAGCCGACGUCGCAGCACGUAUCAGCCUCGACGAGCUCGAGGCCCGUCUUGUGGCCGUCAUCGAUGGCUCCGGGUCGGGCGGCGGAGUCUGA